AUGGACUACUUUACUCUUUCUGGCUUCUAUACAGUGUUAUUUUUUGGAAUAGUUGGGAAUAUUCUCAAAUUAAUCACACUCUUAUUCAAAGAUUUUCGGAAAAGCUCCUGGAUAUUUUAUAUGAUUUGUUCCCCUAUAAUCAACGCAGUUGCAGACGGAAUCCCCGUUAUUAUUCGUUCAGUGACAGAUUUUUAUGGAAAUAAUCUCUAUGUUACGAAUCAAAUGUCACCUGGGAAACAUUGGCANGUAAUUGGGUGGGGAACAUUAGCUUGGGGACAUGGUCGUCCGAAGAAAUUACGUCAAGUACGUGUGAAAGCAAUCGCAAACGAUGAUGAACGGUGCGCAAAUUCGAUCUUUGACAUUGAUCGACAGUUUUGUGCCAUGGUUGAUGGCGGUGGAAAAGAUUCCUGUCAAGGUGACAGUGGUGGUCCGAUACACCAAUGGCUUGGCGACCACUGGGAACAAGUGGGUAUUGUCAGUUUCGGUCAGCAAUGUGCUCAUGUAAACAAUCCAGGGAUCUAUACACGACUCUCAUUCUAUUAUGAUUGGAUUCAAUCCGUUAUUCAGACAAAGACUAAUCAAACAACGACCUCAUCAACAUUGAAACCUACAUCGAAUACUGCUGGUCAAACGACAACUGUCUUCGAUGCGAUUCAAAUUUAUUUAUUUCUUUUCUAUGUAUUUACACAAGGUAUCGAUGAAUAA